GGUGCUCUGCCGGUACCAGCACAUCUGGAAUAUUGAUCUGCGCUUUCGUCCAGCUUUCCUUGGUGGCAUAAUGCAAGCAACUGGUAACAAGCCCCCAGCAAUGUUGCCAAAGCGUGCAGAAUACAUGCUGAAGGAUAUAAAAAGGAUGGCAAAAUACUACCAAGUGCCUGUACAAAUUUCAGAAGAUGACUUCCAACGUGUCCUUGGUGCACGCAGUCUUGGGGCCAUGCGCUUUAUCACAGCCAUUGAUAUGACACAACCACAAUACUUGGAACCCUUAUCUAGGGAGUUCUGGAUACGUUUUUGGUCACAGCGUGAAGAUAUCAGUCAGCCGGAGAAUAUAUUGGCUGUUGCCAGACAGGUUGGGCUAUCAUCAGAGCUCACCCAGAAGCUACUUGAAAUGAUUUCAUCCCCUGCAGUGAAGAACCGUCUGAAAGAGACAACAGAGGAAGCACUAAAAUAUGGGGCAUUUGGGAUGCCUGCUGUUGUGGCACAUUUUAAUGGGGAACCUCAUCUCUUUUUCGGCUCUGAUCGUUUAGAGCUGCUAGGCAGCGUUAUAGGUGAAAAAUGGCUGGGACCAGUUCCAUCAGUUCCAAGCCCCAAGAUGUGAAAAGUCCUGGGGAAAUACAAGAGUCAAAAUAUAUAUGUGCAUGGUCAAUCUUCAGUGAUUAUCUGAAUGUAUCCAAUUUUAUGGAGAGAUGGCUUUCUCGUCCUUAACACUAACUUUACAGCUCAGUCUAAUCUCUAAUUAUGAAGAAGUUCAAGGUUUGCCAGUAUUACCAGUCUGGUGAGGUCUUUACCAAUACAAAUGUGCUUCUUUUCUUUCAACAGAUUCAUGAUUAACAUUAAAGAUUAAAC